GUAAAACCGGUUUACGUUAGGUCGUCUCUCGGAAAGAUGAGAGACGGAGAGCUCGAGGUCGACGGAGAUAGGAAACUACACGAAUUUAAAAUUAGCUGGUUCGAUCGUAUGAACGAUAACUUUUAUGGAAGAUUUAUACUCGGCUUAGGCCAGGUUAUUAAUAAACCUGUCACUUAUUUCAGAGAGAAUUGGAUAGAACCUAUACAGGCUAAGAAUCGUGGUGUUUACUACCACAGACGAUUCCGUAGGGUUCCGACAAUUGAUGAGUGCUAUGAAGAUGAUCAGGUCUGCAUCUAUGAAGCUAAUGAACAGAUGAAGAGAGACAAAAAUGUAGAUAAACAAAUUGUACGGCAUUUGAAAUUUCGAUUUGAUUCCUGUCGACGAACACAUGGUCCUGGCGCUCAAACCCGAUGCUAUCAGACAUACGAGGAAUGGCUUCAGGCCAAGGAAAAUUUUAUGAUUAAAUGGGGAGAUUUACCUGCCCAGCACAACACUUUAGAUGUUUACUACAAACAAGUUCAUCGGAUGAUUCAUGAACGUCGACAGAACUUACAGAAAGAACAGGAGGGAGUGGAGAGUUCCGAAUAGACUGUGUUUAAGCUGUGGUUUUCUCUUUGACUGUAUGAAACAUUAAAUAAAUCUCAAAUAUA